GGUGCACCCCUGCCAUCGUGAUGCGAUGCGAUGACGUAGCGUGUGGCGCUUACGACCAACUUUCCUGUGGCACCAGCUCAUCAAGUUGAAGGCCCUCUGCUUUUCCAAGCCCCUCUUCUUUGACAUUUACUCCAAUCUCUUAACGACUCCCAAACCCUAUUACUUUUUCUCACUCUAUAGUUGAUCUGAAAGACUCGAUUACUUUGUAUAUCUCAGUUCACCAAAACCCUGUCAAGAUGCCCGCCUCCGUCGCAUCAGCACCAGUACACCGCACAGCCAACAAAGCCCCCGUCUCGCGGUCAAAGAAGCCGGUCGGUGGCUCAAAAGCUCCCAAGUCCAUGAACGGCGCCGUAAACGGAGCCCAGCCCCCCUCUGCAUACCAAAUCAUGGCCUCGCGGCUCGCAAACCGCGUUGCAGAGAUGGCAGAGAACAUCACCUUCGUCGAGCGCGCAACGCAGCAGCAGCAGUCACAGCAGCAGCCUGAGACUCCCGCCUCCUCCAAGGCCCGCAAGCCGCCGCGAAAGCUCGAAAUGCGGCUCCCGAACAACGGCCAAUCACCCACCAACAUCACCUUCUCGGCUCCGUUCCUCGACAACACGCUCUCAAAGCUGCUGACGCUCCAGAAUCGCAUGCUGAGGGUUAGCAAUGAUAUCGCCGCGAGCGAGGAUGUGGAUGAGAGUGUGAAGCAGGAGCAGUUCAAUCAGAGCGCUGAGCUGUCUAGGAUUAUUGCCUUGAUCUGUUCGGAGAAGGCUCGGCAAGGUUCUUAGAUGAGUUGAGUUGGGUUGGCGCCAGAAACACUGAAAGGAAAAGUAAGGAAUUAUAUCAACUUAUGGUUGACAUCUCUUUGGCGUUAGUUACUGUUUUGACGCGAUCUCUCGGAUUGAUGUUGGCAAUUUGCAUGUCGCACGUUUAGGAUCUCCUUUGUCUUUCUCUUUGGCUCAGUGAGAACAAUAAUUGCCGUCUGGGUUAUUUGGGCUGUAAGAAUAUGACGAAGCAAAAUCUUCAAGUUGUUGAUAAAACUUCUAGCGAGUGCCCCAUCAUCAACGGUAACGGAAUUAAUUCAGGAACCAACCUCACCCUUUGCCUCAAUGCUCUUCUAGACAAUCCCGACCCCUCCCUGGCUCUAUGAGCUGCAUCAUACGCAACCAUGCGAGCCUCUUCUACCUCGCCAGCCUAUGCCCUAUCAGCCUUCAUAUCUCCAUCCCACUUCCCCU